AAACAGAUUCUCGAUCGUCUGGCACGUUUAGUUAACUAAUAGAGGUUCCGCAAUGAAAUACUACGCAAUCUGUGCCCUGCUGCUCGUGCCUCUCGUCUAUGGCGCUGCACUGCCCAGGACUGAGAACGCCGACAAUGUGGAUCUGGUGCCCGAUAUGUCGGUGGCCAACGAUGCCGACUCCACUGCCCAGUCCGGCAAGCGCCAUGUGCCUCCCUUCCACUUCAUGAGCGAGCAGAUGCAGAUGCACAACCCCGACAUUGACCAGCUGCCCGAUAUGUCUGUGGCUGCCGAUGCUGAGCAGAAUGAAGCCCCCAAGGUUGAGGCUGCUGUUGCUGAUAUGUCCGUUGCCGCCGAUGGCGAGGAUCAGGCUGCCGCUAAGGUGCCCGAUAUGUCCGUGGCCUCCGAUGGCGAGGAUCAGGUCUCCGCUGUGGCUUCCGAUAUGUCUGCCGCCUCCGAAGGCAAGGACAAGGUCGCCGCCCUGGUGCCCGACAUGUCCGUCGCCAGCGAUGCUGAGUAAAGCUGCAGUUGCUCUUCUGCCUGCUACUCUGAACACCUCCUAAACUCACCCCUGUUUUUUGACUGUGUAUUGUAUAUU